AUGGCGUUCUUCAACGGCGGGUCGCGGGCGCUCGUCGAAAUCCUGACGAGGUUCCAGAGCUCUGAGAGGCCAAUGCCGGUGGACCACACCUUCUUCGAGUUGGGAUCAGUGCGAUACCAUGUACAGGUGAAUGAUCCCAUCUUCGAAUCAGCCACAAACCAUGUGUAUAUUUGUUGUCAGCGGUGCUCUCAGAAACUGCCAGCUGAUCGAAUGAACUAUGUGCAGGCCUCGGCGUCGGACCCCGAGAACGUGUACCUGUCGAUAUCGACGCCGUCCCUCUUCCACGAGGCGUCGACGUCGACCUGCCUGCCGGAGUUCACGCUGCAGGAGGUGAGGAAGAUGUACCACAAGUUCGCGGAGAUCGUGGAGCCGGCCAGAGAGGGGUACGCACUGACGCUGAAGCUCAACUUCUCCGGCCUCACCAGGCCGAAGGAUCGCGCCAGGGCUGUCCGGCAGGUGUCGCUGCUGCAGUCCAUCGUCCUCGGGUCGCAGCUGAAGCACCUGCUGGGGAGCCUCGGCUCCUCCGGUGCCACCAAGCUCGUGUACAACCACCGCGACCCCUUCUUCGUCAGCAGAACGCCGGGGAAGAUCAACGCCAUUUUCCCCAUGCGUUUCCGGGACGACACGGACGUAGCCGUCGCCACCUCCUUCUUCCAGGAGCUGCAGGACGCAGGGAGCUCGUACGCGAAGGCGCCCAAGUGCAGCUGGUCGGCCAUCCCACCACCGGAGCUGCGGGGGGAGUCCGUGCAGCACCUCACCACCAACGGCGGCUUCGUCUCCUUCGACAUCUUCGAGCGGCACGUGAAGCGGAAGAGGGCCGCCAAAACGGCGUGGAUCCUGCUCAACUUCCAGGCCUACGUCAAGUACCACAUCAAGUGCACCCGAAACUACAUUCAGAGCAGGAUGAGAAAGCGGCAGGAGAGCUUGGCAGAGGUAAUCCAAAAUGCGAGGCUAAGGGGUGGCCAGGAUAAGAAGAAACUACAAGUGAGGAAGAAGAGCAAGAGAAGGCUGUUCAGCCUUGGCAAGGCCAAGAAACUGCAGAAGGGUUUUAGGUCCGUCAUUGACGGGCUCCGACGGCUCCGGCUGAGGAUCAGAGUGAAGGCUCUGGACCGGUUCAGGCGGUGCUUUGUCAUGCCCAAGCUCGCUACGAAGAAGCAUGAUUACCUCAGACUAGGAGCAUGA